AUGCAUGUGGAAAGUGAUCAGGAUUUUAUUGGUGAAAAGAACAGAAACGACAAUGGUAUCAACAUUUUUGAAGAUCCAUUUAUGAGUUACAAUUGCAUCAAUGAAGAAGACAAUGGUAGAUGUGGAGAAAAACCGACGGAAAGGCAACGUAAACGUCACUAUAAAAAUUCGAAGAACAAAAUUGUCCCAAGGGGUUCUGCAUUUUAUGGAGUUUCAAGGUACACAGGAGGUCGUUAUGAAGCAUUUCUGUGGGAUAACACUGAACCAAAAAGUAAAGGCAAGACAGGUGGAUUUGAAACAGAAGAGGAGGCAGCUAGAGCUCAUGAUCUAGCUGCUCUAAAGUUAUGGGGCGACUUUGCUACAUUGAACUUCACUCUGAAUGAAUACAAAAAAGAGUUGGGGGAGAUGCAGGGGAUGUCCAAACAAGACUAUUUUCUCCACAUUCGAAGAACAAGUGCUACUUUUGCCAAGGGUUUAUCUACAUAUCGUGGAGUGUCAAGGUAUUAUGACUAA